AUGGCCACCGAUGAAAUUUCAUUCCUCCCGCUCGGCGCCAUCCUCCAGUCCCUGCACGUCGGCGGCGUCAACAUCGUGCAGGGCUUCCCCGCGCAGGAGCACUACGAGGCGCACAACAGCCCACACUUUGGCGCCACCAUCGGCCGCGUCGCCAACCGCAUCUCGGGCGCCACGAUAGACUCCCUCAAUGGCAAGUCCUACAAGCUGCAGGCCAACAACGGGCCAAACAACCUGCACGGCGGCGAAAAGGGCUGGGGCAAGAAGGUCUGGGACGGCCCCAAGCCCGUCGGCACCAGGGACGAGGCCGCGCCUGGAUUUGGGAAGUUCAAGGAGGGCGGCGAGAGCGUCAAGUUCAGCCUGCACUCGCCUGAUGGCGACGAGGGCUUCCCUGGGACGGUCGAUACGUCUGUUGUUUACACCGCUGGCAAGGACGACAAGGGCGCCACCGUGCUGGGCAUGGAGUACGAGGCCACGCUCGUGGAUGGUGCAGACGAGACUGUCAUCAACAUGACGAACCACUCCUACUUCAACCUCUCAGGCGGCCCCUCCAUCGAGGGCACGCAGGUCGAGCUAGUGACGAACUCAUACCUCCCCCUCGACGACGGCGGCAUUCCGACCACGACCAAGCCCGCCGCCUACCCCGGGCUCGAGGGCAAGAAGCCCUUCACGCUGGGCGCCGCCGAGCCCGACGUGGACGACUGCUUCGUCCUCGACGACUCGACCGCCUCCUCCGUGCCCCUCGACACCCGCUCCCGGCCCCUGACCAGGCUCGUCGCCGCCCACCACCCGGCGACGGGCAUCCACCUCGAGGUCUACAGCACCGAGCCCGCCUUCCAGUUCUACACGGGCAAGUACAUCGACGUGCCCGCCGUGGGCGGCGCCGCCGCGAGGGGGGCGCGAGCCGGAUUCUGCGUCGAGCCCAGCCGCUACGUCAACGCGCUCAACGUCCCUGAGUGGAAGAGCCAGACGCUGCUGAAGAAGGGGCAGACGUACGGCGCGCGUAUUGUGUACAAGGCGUGGAAGGAGUAG